AUGGAGGUCUACACCCUUCCUCCCAAAAGCCUGGUUUUCAGCAAUAUUGUCCGACAUUUCAAUGAAGACGAAAAAGCAUCAGCAUCAGCUACCACACUGAUGUGCCCGAGCUCGUGGCCCAAUCGCAGCCUCCGUCGUGUCUUCAGCCCCGGCUCCACAGACCCCAGCCGGGCGCCGCUGCCCUUGACGACGAGGGCGGGGCUUCUCCGGGAAGCCACCAAUGGGGAGGCGGGCGUCGAGCGGCGCGGAGCGAUCAUUGGCCGCGGGGGCCGGCGCUGUCGGCGGGGGAUUGGAGGUGACUCUCAGGCGGAAGCGGCCCCGGGCCUGGCCGGAGUGGGCAGAGAGGAGGCAGGAGACGGGGAAGCCGAGCUGGUGAGACUGGGCAGAAGGCCCCGAGUGACCUCUGGUCUGGGCUCCGCAGGAAGCGGGCAGCAGUCCGUGACGGGCGUCGAGGGCUCCGAGGAUGCCAACAGUUACUGGAGGAUUCGCGGCGGGGCAGACGGCGAGUGCCCCCGCGGGGUGCCGGUGCGCUGUGGACAAGCCGUGCGGCUCACCCACGUGAACACGGGCAAGAACCUCCACACCCACCACUUCCCCUCUCCUCUCUCUAACAACCAGGAGGUGAGCGCCUUCGGAGACGGUGGGGAGGGAGACCAGCUGGAUGUGUGGCUAGUGCAGUGCAGUGGGACAUACUGGCACCGGGAGGAAGCUGUCCGCUUCCAGCACGCCGGCACCCACGUCUACUUGUCCGUCACGGGGGAGCAGUACGGGCACCCCAUCCGAGGGCAGAGGGAGGUCCAUGGCAUGCCCAGUCCCAACCAGCACAACUCCUGGAAAGCCAUGGAAGGUGUUUUCAUCAAGCCCAGCCCCACAGAGCCGUCUAGACACGAUGAGCUGUGAGUGAAUGCCACCGCUGGCAGCCACCCGGGCCUCCCGCCUCCCCGUGGGGGUGGACUUGUUAAGACAGAUGAUGAAUAAAAUGCUUGUGUGGCUCCUUGUA